GCACCGCACGAGCCAAGCGUUCCCACCAGCCAGCGCCCAGCGGCGGAGCGAUGCAGCGUGAGUCGCUGGUCUUCUCCGUUCCCUCCCCCGCCUCGUCGCAUUGAAUUGUUUCUCGCUGUCGCGGCCGUCGCCGUCCCACUCACCACCCAGCUGCUACCUACCCGCCUUCGCCCGCUCCGCCGCCGCGUGCCUGCGGGCUCCGGGCUCCGACCCCUCCGCCCCGGCGGCUCGUCCACCGGCCAUGUCGCUGUCGCCGGCGGACGGCGCGGCGUACUGGCUGCGCUGGCAGGUCUUCGUCUGCGGCGCGCUCAUCGCGCUCCCCGCGGCGGCCGCGGCGGCACUGCUGCCGCGCCUGCGGCGGGCCGCCCCGCCCCUGCGCGCCACCGACCUGUGGGUCCCCUGCUGGGCGCGGCUCCACCCGGGGUGGCUCCUCGGCUACCGCGCCUUCGCGCUCGCCGCCGCGGUCGCGCUCCUCGCGCGCCUCCUCAUCGGGCACGGCCUCUCCGUCUUCUACUUCUACACCCAGUGGACCUUUCUAUUGGUCACCAUAUAUUUUGCAUUUGCAACAGCCAUAUCAGCUCAUGGAUGUUGGGUGUUCUCCAAGAAAAGCUCAAGGAAAGCUGAUGAAUCCCACAGAUUUCUUAAUGAUGAUGUUGAAAACCGCAGCCUUUCCACUUCUGUAUCUGUAGAGACGAAAAAGAAUGAGACGAAUAAGUUGUCAAGCUAUUAUGAACAAAUAGUGAAUGAGAAAAGAGCUGGGUUCUGGGGACGUUGCAUGCAAAUCAUAUACCAGACUAGUGCAGGCGCAACAAUGUUGACUGAUGUCACAUUUUGGGGGCUCCUUGUGCCAUUUUUCUACCGUGACAAGUUUGGGUUAGCAUUGGUCACAGAUGGCAUGCACUCUCUAAAUGCUGUUUUUCUACUUAUAGACACAGUUCUCAACAAUAUGCCUUUUCCCUGGUACCAAAUGGCUUUCUUUGUUUUCUGGAGCUGCGCCUACGUAACAUUCCAGUGGGUCCUUCAUGCUUGUGGAGGUUUAUCCUGGUGGCCGUAUCCGUUUCUGGACCUUUCAUCAUCUGGAGCUCCUCUAUGGUACUUUGGCAUGGCCAUCGCUCAUAUCCCAUGCUUCUUUCUUUACUGGUUGAUCGUGAAGGCGAAGCACACCUACUUCCCAAGGAUGUUCCCACAUACUUAUGCUAGCACAACAUAGAUUCAUUUACUACCUCCGUUUUUAAAUAUAUGUCGCUUAGGUCAACCUAUUUAGUUCAAAAAUGAACUAAUUUGCUUGUCCUAAACGUCAUAUAUUUAAGAAUGGAGGGAGUAUCUGGUUAUAAGGACAAGCAUACAUCUGUAUAAGUAUCAGUAGCAAACUAUUUCGACGCUUGAUAGGUUCAAGUGUAUAACCUGUAUAGUCCCAAGAAUCACAGCCCCUUUGAGAUGGGGCUGAACCCUGACGCAUUCCUGGAUACGCAUCUUGAUCAAUGAAAUGGAGAGGUUAAUUGUCAA